GGAACCUUAUCUAUCUAGAACCCGAGCGACUGGACAGUCGCAAUCUGCUGGAUUGAUUUGCCUUCACCAUUUAGUAUCUUAUACCUUACAUACGUACGAUUGCAAAUACCCUUCUUUUACUAUCUAGCUUCUAGAAAUAUGAAGCUUUUGGCGCUAUAUUGCCUCCAACUGUUAACAGCGACAGUAUCCGCCCAACACGUCGCUCUGCCCUACGGCAUACAAAUGAAAUCUAACGCCCAGAAGCCCCUCAUGGACAUCGGUCCCGUCAUGCCACCAUCACAACAACCUGGAGGCUCCGAGCAGCCACAUCCCCAAGGAGGAGUUCUUAUCUCUGAUGUGAUGGGCCGAGACCGUAGCAUCAAUAUAUUCGCUGGAUUCACCCGCGACAUCGCCUCGAUAUCCUCCCGCCUCGACGACUCGUCGAAAAACAGUACCGUCCUCGCCCCGCGGAAUUCGGUCGUCGAGAAGCUACCGCGCAAACCCUGGGAAGACCAUAAGGACUACGAUGCGCUCGGCACUAACGCAUAUGAGGGCCAGGACGGACAAGAUAGGGCUCACAGGAAUCUGAUGAGGUUCGUAGAGGCACAUGUAGUCUCUGUCAGCCCUUGGCAGGAGGGGGAGAAGGUUAAGACGCUACUUGACGGGGAUAGAGAAAUAUGGUGGGAGAUGAAAGACGGUAUUAGAGUGAUCCAACCUGACGGGAUCCAAGUGGAUAGUAUCGCGAGCCGAGUUGGGAAUGGCGAGCUAUGGAUCCUGAACGGAGUACGAAAUUAUGUUUAAACGCUAAAUUUUUACUGAGUGGUAUGAUAUGGCUUUGGAAAUUUUGGUAUUAGAGCUGAUGAGCGACCACUAUAUAACUAUGUUCUAUAAUGUAUUUUGUUGGGAUGGCUUUGCUACUGGUUCGGCUUAUGAAUGGAGUUUAGGAGGAUACAACCUAUUAGUAGUAUGGAUAAUUUCUGUACUUAGUAUUAGGGAUUUGCCUAGGCCUAUAGAUUUUUGACUUAGCUAUGUGCAAGCAAACUAGCUGCGUUACCCGUUCGCGCAGGCGCUUACGGGGAGUGCCUAGCUUCAAGAGUGCCUUUUACGCCA